AUGUCACAGCCAUGGGACUACAUCGCUAAGCUUGUCUGCAUUGGCGACUCUGGAACUGGGAAAUCCAGCUUAACAAUUCGACUCUGUGAAGGACGCUUCUCAUCCUCCCACGAUGUCACGAUCGGCGUGGAGUUUGGUUCGCGCAUCGUCCCAGUUGGCCCGCCCGCAUCAAAAAGUCUUGAACUGAGACUAGACUCCCAUGCUCGAAGAUCUCCAACAUCAUCGUCUGUUUCGUCACCUCCUUCCCAGACAUCCGCUGCUGCUUCGGGACAAUCUGCUGUCACCGGACUACCCAGUCCUCCGCGCAAGGUCGUUGAGUGUCAAAAGAGAAUGAAACUCUCUCUCUGGGAUACGGCUGGUCAAGAAACAUACAAAUCCAUAACCCGUUCUUACUUCCGCGGUGCUUCUGGUGCGCUUUUAGUCUUCGACAUCACCAGGCCUUCCACUUUCUUAUCUUGUACACAGUGGCUUCAGGAUCUACGGCAAAUCGCCGAAGACGGGAUUGUGAUUAUUCUGGUUGGAAACAAGAGCGAUCUGGCAGAUGACGGUUCGACCUCGAAUCAGAGAAGGGUGACCAGGCAGGAAGCCGAAGAGUGGUGCCACCAGAAUAAUGUGGCGAACUAUAUCGAAACUAGUGCAAAAUCUGGCGAUAACGUUGAAUGUGCGUUUCUCGAGGUCGCUGACAUGAUCUACCACAAUAUUGAAGCCGGUAAAUACGACCUACAUGAUCGCCGCAGCGGCGUCAAGGGCUUUGGCGCUACCGGUGGACCGAAUCGUGGCGCUCCUAGGACCGUUACCCUGGGCCUGAACGAUGCAAUGCGCACCAGUGGAAAUGGUGUCGUUGGUGGUUGUUGCUAA